AUGGAGAACGACAAGGGAGAGAUCGUCGACCUUUACGUCCCCCGCAAGUGCUCGGCCACCAACCGCAUCAUCAAGGCCCAGGACCAUGCCUCGGUGCAGAUCUCCAUCGCCAAGGUCGACGAGAAUGGCCGUGCCGUCCAGGGCGAGAACCACGUCUACGCCCUGUGCGGCUUCGUCCGUGCCAUGGGCGAGGGCGACGACUCCCUGAACAGGCUGGCCCAGAGGGACGGUCUCCUCAAGAACGUCUUCAGCGCUCAACGAUAA